AUGGUCACGUCCGAACAUUGGUCUGGACGGCCAGCACAUCUUCUUCCCUGUUUCAUCGGCCUUGUUCUCGCUGAGCUUGCCACUUCUGGUCGAACCAACGCCUACUCCCACAAUAGACCGCAUACUGCCAACCUCUCAAUCACCAUCUUCUCAAGCGCUGGCUACAAGUUUCCCCCUGCUAUCAUCGCGCGCAGGGCUAUUCCGAACUUUUCCAAUCAACAUGCCGUAUUUUCAAUGAGGCUUUCGGAGGUACCCUUUCUCCUCGUUCAUUUCCCAGCCACACCCCCUGACUUUGCGUUCAAUUUUCCAUCAACUUCUACGUUUGGCUUAUUUGACCCGCGUCCUGCCAAGCGCGCUUGGGCUUUGCAAAGUAACGCUGUUUGGGGGCACAAAACUAGUUUUACUCCGGCUGCAAAUCUCUUCCAGGCCGCGUGUCUUUUGCGCUACCUCAGAAUCAUCAACCUCUCAACACCAAUCAUUAAGCUUACAUACAACUCCUACCGACAACCCACUGUCCUGAUAGAAACAUCGUUCUGUAACCAGCUAAGUCUUUGUGCGACCAGCCAAAGAAUCUGA